CGCAGAGGCUAUUUAAAUACUUGUUUGUCAGGUAUUUUAUUCUAUCAUCAGGUGUUUGUCUAAUAGGAAACAAGCUAAAAGAAGUCAGCAUGCCGACUGUAUAUCGUGGAACAAUUUUACACACAAAGUCCUUCAAUGAAUUUGAGUCGUUCGAGAAGGGCUUCCUGGCAGUAGAUAAUGGAAAGAUCAUUGGCGUCGGCAGCAAUUACGACCAAUGGCUGGCUAAGCAAAAAUUUGAUGCCACGACGUUGAAGGUAGUGCAACUCACUGACUGUCAAUUCCUCUCUCCGGGCUUCUGUGAUGCCCACAUACAUGCUCCACAGUACGCACAGUACGGCCUGGGCAUGAAUAUGCCAUUGUUGGACUGGUUGAAUACUUACACUUUUCCACUGGAGGCCAAAUUCGAAGAUCCAGAGUUUGCGACACAAGUCUACAAAAGCGUUGUCGAAGCUACGCUACGUUGCGGAACCACGUUGGCAUCCUAUUUCGCUACCAACAACUUGGAGUCGACGCUUAUCUUAGCGGAGGAAGUAGCACGUCAGGGUCAGCGCGCUUUGAUUGGAAAGGUCUGCUCCAAUUGCAACAGUCCCGAUUACUAUGUUGAGACAACAGAUGAAGCUGUUGCUGGCACGGAGCAGUUUAUUGCCGCCGUGCGCAAAUUGAAUAAUCCAUUAGUGCUUCCCAUAGUUACACCACGUUUUGCGCUGAGCUGCUCAAAGGAGCUGCUUGCUCAACUGGGAAACAUUGCCUAUCGUCAUGAUGCACAUAUUCAGAGCCAUAUUAGCGAAAAUAUCCAGGAAAUUCAAGUAGUGAAGGAUAUUUUCAAAAAAAGCUACGCUGAAGCCUACGAUGAUGCAGGUCUGUUGACAAGUAAGACUAUUAUGGCGCAUGCUGUUCAUUUGGAAGAUAGUGAGAUGGCCUUGCUUAGAGCUCGUGGCACAGCUGUUAUCCACUGUCCCACUUCCAACACCAACUUGAAUUCAGGCAUUUGCGAUGUGCAGCGGCUAGUAAACAAUGGAUUGACUGUAGGCUUGGGCACGGAUGUAGCCGGUGGCAAUUCCGUGUCUAUUUUGCCAUGCAUACUACGCGCUUUGGAAAUCUCAAAGCAUCUGGACUUUUUCAAGAAGCAGAACAUUCGCGGCACAGGAUCAGCCAACAUUCCCGAUGAAUAUUAUCAGCAGUUAACGUAUAAACAAGCAUUUUACUUGGCCACGCUGGGCGGUGCCAAGGCAUUGUCUUUGGAUCACAUUACUGGAAGUUUUGCUGUUGGCAAAGACUUUGAUGCUCUAUUGGUUGAUGUUAGCGUAAUGGAGAUGCCGCACCGCAAGCUUUCUGUGGAUGAACUGCUGGAGAAGUUUAUUUACACGGGUGAUGAUCGCAAUAUCAUAGGAGUCUAUGUGGCUGGCAAGCGCGUCAAACGCGCAACACGCUGUCAGCCCCAAUAAAAAUUGUCAUUAUUUAGAAAGCAGAAAGAAAAAUAAAGAUAAAUGAUAAAUAAGA